AUGAGCACUGCUACUACUGGUACUUCCAUCGACACGAUCGUCUUCAACGAGGAUGUCCUUGCUGCUCUUGAGGCAUGGUACCAGAGCUGGUACCAGUUCUUUCAAAACGACUACGCCUCCAACACUGCCGCGAGACCAGAGAUUGUUGACCAGCAUGUCACCAAUGACCACCCAACAGAGCAACUGGUGCCAUGGCAUAGCCACUCGGAAUUUGGAAGCUUGGGUGCUAUUCUUCGCGAACGCUGGAUACAACAUUUUGAAGACCAAGAACGUGAAGUGCCCCAGAGAAAGAUGCUCCAAAAGCAAGAGAGCAUUGGCUCCUUACAGGAAAUUGGUGUUGGCUCGUUUGAUCAUUUGAGUGGCCUGUCACUUGAACAGCUACAAGAAAUGGAGCGCAUGGUCGUAGAACACGAUGCUAAAUAUUGGGAAGACAACGAGUCACAAAGUCUCCUUCCUCUGGAAUGGCUCGACAACAUUUGUGCAUGA